AUGCUCCACAAGUACAACAACCGCGUCGUGAAUUACGACGAGGACAAGAAGAAGGAUGCAGGUGACAAGGGUGGCGACGACGAGUUCCCUUCGGUGGAGAACGCCUUCUUCAUUUUCGGAGGGCCGACGUGCGACGUCGAGUGCAUCGAGCACGCCGAGGCUCUUGCGCUUGACGACGCCCUAGCCGCGCAGCUGCAAGGAAUGGCCGAGGAGGCCAUGGAUUCCAAGCAGCGGCACGCGGGCAACUUCGAGCCUGCCGUGGGUACCAAGGACGUCCCCCUCGACCCGAAGACCCCCGAUAGCAAGGCGCUGAAGAUCAGCGCUUCCCUCGACAGCAAAUAG